GGGAUUGACUUGCAGUAGCCGUCACCGCGUCAUGCAAACGUGGAGGGAGCUAAAGCACGACUGCCCUACUGCACAUUAUUUUCUACUGCUGGCUGCCGCUGCACCUCUGUGGUAGAUGCGUCUGUAGCUUCCUCUUCACCCACCAGCCGAUUCGUGUCGUGCAGAAUACAGAUCUCGCCGACACACACUACUACACCGCGUGCUGGACUCCUCCUUCUUCUCCCUUCACACACGUCCUUGCUUGGAUACAACACACAACACACAUCGCCAUCUUUUCCUUUUGUCUCAAUUGCAAAGUCUCAAGACAUCAAUCCCCUCUCUGUCUCACACUCAUAGCCGGCGAAUCCCCGACAAUGGCUUAUCCACCGCCCGCUUCAUCAUAUGCAACGCCCAAAUACCCGCAUAACGCUAUUCGAGAUGUACCACUCUUUCAACCGCCAAAAUCUCCAGCUUCAACCCACGCCGACCGCUCAGUUGCUAUGGCGGCUGACUACUUCUCAAGAGGAUCUCGCAAGCGCCCGCGAUCCGACUCCCUCUCCUACGACUACCUGCAGUCUCGCAACACUCACACACACACUCCCAGCUGGGCUCAACUACCGACGCCUUCCGAAGACGGCUUCUCCUUCUCCUCGUCGAGACAAGUUAACGAGCGAUAUCGAUUAGCCGGAGGGUACGACACACCGUCGAUCCUUGCAACUUCUCAACACGAAAGGUCAUUCCCGGCGGAGAACGCGAAUCGGAGACGACUAAGAGACGACGACUUUGACGACGGACAACAACAUUCAGAGUCCUCGCUCCUCUCAGGUCCGCUCGCGCGUGAGCGCAACGGCGUUGCCCGUAUGCACACCGACUCCGAAGAAGGCUCACCUUCGACAUGGACCGGGCUGGCCUUCAGCUUCGUCGGCAAGGUUUUCAAUUUCGGUACGAGUGUAGUCAAGGGAUUCUAUGCAGGUGGUGGCAAAGGCUACGAUAUGAACGAUUAUGGACUCGUAGGAUCGGAUCUUCUACAAGCAAGUGCACAACGCCAGCGUCGUCAGCCUCUCCCGAGCCCACUGCCAGGUGCGUGGGAGGACGGCGAAUUCCUUGGCGAUUUUGAACAAGACAAUCCGACCUUCACGCCAUCGCCUAGCAUGCGACCGGCGAACAAGCGCCGCCAGACCGACAAGGACACAUGGGUUGUGGUCGCUCAGCAAGAACAAACGCCUACGACAAGUCAUCCCUCCAUGUUGCCACCGAUCAACACUGCAGUCGCACAUCAACCCGAAAUGGAGAGGCCCGCCGCAAGCCGCGCACAAAAUCGACGAAGCAUGGCGCCUCUCCCCCCACGGCGACAAUCUGGCGUUGCCCUCAACGGUAGUCCUCUCUCGAUCGUUCCUCCGUCAGCACAUCACCGACGGGCAUCCGUGGCAUCAAUGCGGUCAGCGCAUAGCCGUCAUAAUAGCGGCAACGGCUCUCCGUUGUCGUGCGUCAGCCCCGAGGCUGAGCGUUUCGCCCGUCGGCAGGCUAAGCAGGAACGUGCUACCGACAAGGCUAUGUCAAGUAUGAGCCGCAGAAUGGAGGAGAUGAUUCGUCAGGCGCAGGAAGCCCUGGGCACGAAGAUCUCGGUCGAGGGCAAUGACGACUCACUGGAAGACGAGGGGUUCGUCGACGACGACGGUGAGGAUUGGUGACGUGGCGGCGAUAUUCCUUUGUGAAGGGAGCGCCUUCACGUGUGAGCAAUAUUUUCCUGCUCCCGUUCCUUUGCUGGUCGGAGGAAAAAGCAACUUUUGGACUGAGAUUUUUGCAAAGCCAGGCGCGAGAUACCCAAAUGGUUAUUUUUCAUCUCUGGGAUUUGGAAGUCCCUAUUAAUGCAUGCGGCUGUUGAAUCUCAUUCCAGCCUUGUUAAAUUCUAGACAGUACUUUUUAAUGAUGAUGAUAUUUUCUCCAAUUAAUUCCCGACGAUGCCUACUCUGUUCAUGUUUUCAGCAGUGGUUAAGCAGACCGAAUAAUGAUACGCAUCGGACCGCGAAAACACAUCGAUGAAGAUUCAUCUCCGUUUACACAUUACCCUCCCCUUUCCUCCGACCCUCCAAUUCUC